AUGACUUCCUCUUUCACUCACCUCCUCACAAGUAACAUGAACAACAUGGACAGCAAUAUUGACCAGGAAAGAACUAAUUGGGGACUUUCAGACUAUUCUUCAGGCAGUUUAAUGGACAGAAACGGCAAUGAAAUCCCAAACUUCAAGUCACUUCAGCCCCCUUCUCUGCCUAUGUCUCCUCCCCCUGUUUCCCCUUCUUCGUACUUGGCUUCCACACCAGCUUUUAGCCCAACUGAUUUUUUCAGCUCACCCAUGUUCCUAUCUUCCUCUAAUACUCUUCAAUCUCCAACAAGUGGAGCUUUCUCUAGUCAAAUCUUUGACUGGAUGAGUAAUUCUAAAGAAACCCAGCAAGGAAUGGAGAGGGAACAGAAAAUGUUCUCUGAUUUCUCUUUCCAACCAGAAACAAGGCCUGCUGCAACAUCAUCCUCAACCUUUAACAUUCAAGCUUCUUCAAACAUGGCUUCAGAAGAAUCGUUGAAAACAGGACAGAAACCAUGGGAUUUCAACAGAAUCUCAAGGCAAGCUGAUUCUUUAACAGAGAAGACAGGAGUUAAGUCUGAAUUUGAGCCACUGCAGAGCAUCUUCCCCGAGAUUGGCACAAACCAAACAAAUAUGCAGAGCAAUGGACCUAGUGGGGCUCCUAAGCCUGAUACAAUACAUUGCACUCAAUCGUCUCAAUUUGUCAGAGAGCAAAAAUCAGAUGAUGGGUUCAAUUGGAGGAAAUAUGGACAGAAACAAGUGAAGGGCAGUGAAAAUCCGCGGAGUUAUUACAAGUGCACGUAUCCGAAUUGCUCAACAAAGAAAAAGGUUGAGAGAUCAUUGGAUGGACAUAUCACUCAAAUUGUAUACAAGGGAAGUCACAACCAUCCCAAGCCUCAGUCUACAAGAAGAUCAACCUCUCAGUCAAUUCAGGGUUCUUCAUAUGGCAUUUCUGAUCAAUCUGUGCCAACAAUAUCCAAUCCGAAAAUCGAAUCUGUCACGAUGCAGGAGGACUCUUCAGCCUCAAUUGGAGAGGAUGAGUUUGAACAAAACUCACCAAUAAGUAAUUCAGGAGGAGCUGAAGAUGAAAAUGAGCCUGAGGCCAAAAGAUGGAAGGGAGAAAAUGCAAACGAUCAGCCCUUUUCGGCUCCUGGGAGUAGAAUUGUAAAAGAGCCAAGAAUUGUAGUGCAGACAACAAGUGAAAUAGAUAUUCUGGAUGAUGGGUAUAGAUGGAGGAAAUAUGGACAGAAAGUAGUGAAGGGAAAUCCAAAUCCAAGGAGCUACUACAAAUGCACAUCCGUAGGUUGUCCGGUGAGGAAACAUGUGGAGCGAGCUUCACAUGAUACAAGGGCUGUGAUCACCACAUAUGAAGGGAAACACAACCAUGAUGUUCCUGCAGCGCGCGGCAGCGGCAGUUAUAGCAAUGCAAAUAGACCUGCUUCUGAUAAUGGCAGCAACAACAACAGCAAUGUGUCCAUGGCUGUGAGGCCCUUAGCCUUGCCUAAUCAUUCGAACUUGAGCUACCUCAACUCUCUUCAGAAUACAAGGCAGCCAACAACAGAAAGGCAAUCACCCUAUACCCUCAAAAUGUUACAGAGUGAAGGAAGUUAUGGAUUUCCAGAGUUCUAA